AUGAAGCAGGCACUGUCUCUUCUAGCUCUGCCGGGUCUGGCCUACGCCGCCGUUCAGGGCUUUGAUAUCUCUCACUAUCAGCCCAGCGUGAACUAUGCUGGAGCCUAUUCGUCUGGAGCCCGUUUCGUCAUGAUCAAGGCCACGGAGGGAACAACUUACAUUGACCCCUCCUUCUCAACCCAUUACGGGGGGGCUACCAGCGCUGGCCUCAUCCGCGGAGGAUACCACUUUGCUACCCCGGACACCAGCUCUGGUUCAGCGCAGGCCACCUACUUCCUGGCCCACGGUGGCGGCUGGAGUGGCGACGGCAUCACUCUCCCGGGUAUGCUGGACAUGGAGUACAACCCCUAUGGUUCGACCUGCUACGGACUAUCUGCUUCCAGUAUGGUAUCUUGGGUCUCGGAGUUUGGCGAGACUUAUAAGGCUCGGACUGGCCGGUAUCCUAUGAUCUAUACCACUGAUGACUGGUGGAACACCUGCACGGGGAAUAGUGCACAUUUCAGCGAUUAUCCUCUGGUGCUGGCUCGCUAUAUUCCCGCCUCAUGGGAGUAUCAGUCUUUCUGGCAAAACUCGGAUUCAUACUCGUACGGUGGAGACUCGGACAUCUGGAAUGGCAGCGAGGAUAACCUGGUCAAGUUCGCUUCUGGCUAA